ACCAAUUUUAGGUUUUGGAUUGAAAUGGGAUGAGCAGCGUGGGAUUGGCGUGACCGUACAAAUCUCUCCCAAUUCUUCCAAUUUCCCCCCCAUUUUUUCACGGAGAGAGAGAGAGAGAGAGAGAGAGCGACAGCAAGAGGAUGAGAGAGAGGCGGUCGUAUUGAUCUGCCCUGAGCCCCCAGCUGUGUUCUCGUUGGCGAUCAGUCGGUGCAGGGUGUCUCUAAUUCUCCAUAUGUCAUGCAUGGAAGGAGAGGAGGAGAAGAAGAAGAAGCCGCUGGACCUGGACUGGGACCAGCUAUUGCCCACCAGAGAGGACGAAGAACCUCCUGCCGAGCUGGUGGUCACCACCGAGGCCACUGCCGGCGCGGUCACAGCCUCCGGCGCGGCCACCACCACUAGCGAACGACAGCGGCAUCGAGAACAUUCUCCGAUGGUCCGCGAACCACAGGCGCAGCAGCAACACUAUUCUCAGAGAGAUGACAUCGAGCACAUGACCGAUCACGAGCUCAACGACACCAUUCGCAGGAAAAUUCGCAACAUCGAGACCCUCGGUCCCAAAUUGCCUGACAAGGGCGCCAAGCUUAGAGCCAGCCUUAAGCGUUUCCAAGGCGAAAUGGAACGCCGAAAUCUCCAGCGAUUGCAACCGGAUGCUAAUGGAUGUGAAAUGCUUAUACAAUCCGAGAUCUCAAAUUUGGUUGGUGCAUUCAAUGGCUUUAGGCAAGAGGUUCCAUCAUCUAAAGCCCAGUCUCAGUCCACAUUUGCCUCACUUUUUCACAAAAAGUUGGAUGAAAAUGAGACAGAUUGUAGGACCGUGAAUGCAUUUGAUAAGGAAUUAUCAUUUUUAGGCCGCUGUAAUCGGCGGAAAAGUAGACUAAAUGGAGAGUGUUCACAGAGGCAAAGGCAGAGAACUCGGUUGUCUUCAAAACCAUUUCCUUCACAAUGCAGUAGUAUUCUGUCUCUCGAUAGUGAUAAGUUUACUCUCUUAAACAGUGAUCGAAAAGGCGGAGCUCCUUCUCUUAGCCCUGCAGUGGAAAAUUUGACUAUCUCUUUACCAAAGAAGAGAAUUGCUUCUGAAGAAUUGCCUUCUAAUGAUUCAAGACCUCAGAAGGCACAGACUGUUGUUCUAGUGGAUGAGGAGGAACCUCAGCUUGCAGAGACGAUUCGACAGGCAGAAAAACUAUCUGAAUGUUUGAAAGAGAAAAUCUAUUAUCCAUCAAGGGAUGAUCCAGAAUCUGUUGAAAUUUGUUAUUCAGAUAUACGAUGCGUUGCUCCUGAAGCUUAUUUGUCGUCAACUAUAAUGAAUUUUUACAUUAGGUAUUUACAACAGCUGGCAUCACCAACUGAAAGGGCGCGGUGUGAUUAUCAUUUUUUCAAUACAUACUUUUACAAGAAGCUCAAAGAAGCUGUAUCACGCAAGAUUGACAAGGAAACAUUUUUCAUCAAGUUCAGAAGAUGGUGGAAAGGUGUUAAUAUAUUUCAAAAGGCAUACAUUCUUAUCCCAAUACAUGAAGAUCUUCACUGGAGCUUGGUGAUUAUUUGUAUCCCAGACAAAGAAGAUGAGUCGGGACCAAUUAUACUUCAUUUGGAUUCAUUGAGACUACAUUGUAGUAAAUCAGUUUUUGGCAACAUUAAAAGUUAUUUGAGAGAAGAAUGGAACUAUCUGAAUCAAGAUGUUGCUCCUCCUGAUGUUCCCAUUGCAGAGAGAAUAUGGAAACAUCUACCUCGUAGAAUUGAUGGGAAAAUAAUUGCGGUUCCUCAACAGAAAAAUGAGUAUGAUUGCGGUCUCUUUGUACUUUUCUUCAUGGAGCGCUUCAUUGAAGAGGCUCCUGAGAGAUUGAGAAAGAAUGAUUUAGCAAUGUUUGGCAAGCAGUGGUUCAAACCAGAAGAGGCAUCUGGAUUGAGAGGUAAAAUCCGGAAGUUACUCAUUGAGGAGUUUCAGAGGGCAAGGGAGCAUUACUGUGUUCAAGAAUGCACGUCUUUGUCUCCAGGGAUGGCUCCAGCCGGAAGCGGAGAGCACCACCAUGAUUCUUGAUGGUAUCUGGUCUGGAUGAAACUCCUACAAGCAUCUGGACAAGGGCAUGCCAUUUUUUAUCUUGUACAGCUUGUAUAUUUGCUGUGAAUGCUGCGUGCCUCUCCUGCAUGUGUUUGUGUUAGGUGUACCAUCGAAACAAGUCAGUUUAGUUUUGUAAGACAGUUUUGAUAUAGUCUAGGUUCCUGGGGGAGAAUGGUCCAAAUUGCCCCCUAUGACAAACGAAGAAAAUGGAUAGCAGCGGUUUGCUUAAACCAUUGUAAUACGUCUUAAAAGAGUACUUGACCGUUUUAUAGUGAGACGAGCUAACGUUGCCUCGCCAGGUGUAUAGGAGGGAGACUGUUGCUGAUUACAUGUUACGGUGGCUUUUAAAACUCUGCCCACCGUUUAGGUCAUCUCGAGUUGGAUACUGUAUGUGCCCUUUAUUAGAGCCAACUUGAAGAGGAAAACAGAAAGAAAAAAGUACAAGAAAGUGAAUGUAUUUUUUCAGUUGCCAGAGCUUUUCAAAA